GUCUAAACGAACCUGAGACUCUACCAAGGUCAGAAAUGCUGCACUUCAGGCCAAAAGAUUUCUCUUGGGCUUGCUUGUUUUGACUUGUAACCACAAAUUUGUCUUGUCAUUGUGGCCAAUCACAGUACAAAAUGAAGCACCAAUCACUACAGAAAGCAUCCUCUGAAGCAAGAGGAGUCCCUGAUGUAGCUAUGAAAGGAUGCGCUCAUUCUUCCUGCCCCUUUGAUUUCCACAGGACUUUACAUUUCUUUCCCUGGAAUCCAAGAUUACAAGAUGGUUUUGGAAAUGCUGAACCCAACUCACUAUAACAUCACCAGCAUGGUGCCCGAAGUCAUGCCGGCGGCCACUAUGCCCAUCCUGCUGCUCACCGGCUUUCUCCUCCUGGUUUGGAAUUACGAGGGCACAUCCUCAAUACCAGGUCCUGGCUAUUGCAUGGGAAUUGGGCCCCUCAUUUCCCACGGCAGGUUCCUGUGGAUGGGGAUUGGCAGUGCCUGCAACUACUACAACCAGAUGUACGGAGAAUUCAUGAGAGUCUGGAUAAGAGGAGAGGAAACACUCAUUAUCAGCAAGUCCUCCAGCAUGUGCCACGUGAUGAAGCACAGUCACUACAACUCCCGGUUUGGGAGCAAGCUUGGCCUGCAGUGCGUCGGCAUGCAUGAGAACGGCCUCAUAUUUAACAACAACCCCGACCUCUGGAAAUGUUUACGGCCUUUCUUUAUGAAAGCUCUGUCGGGCCCGGGGCUUGUGCGUAUGGUGAACUUCUGUGUUGACUCCGUCGUGACUCAUCUGGACAGGCUGAAGGAGUUCACCAGCAAGACGGGCUCCGUGGACGUUAUAAAAUUCAUGCGGUGCAUCACGCUGGACACCUCCAACGAGCUCUUCCUGGGGAUCCCCAUCGACGAAAUGGCCAUCGUGGUUAAAAUCCAGGAUUACUUUAUUGCAUGGCAAGCUCUCCUUCUCAAACCAGACAUCUUCUUUAAGGUUUCCUGGCUAUACAGAAAGUAUGAAAAGUCUGUCAAGGAUUUGAAAGAUGUCCUGGAAGUUAUGAUAGAAGAAAAAAGGUGCAGAAUUUCCACAGCAGACAAACUGGAAGACAAUAUAGAUUUUGCCACUGAGCUGAUUUUGGCCGAGAAACGUGGCGACCUGACAAAGGAGAAUGUGAACCAGUGCAUACUGGAAAUCCUGAUUGCAGCACCAGACACCAUGUCUGUCUCUGUGUUCUUCAUGCUACUUCUCAUUGCAAAGCAUCCUAAGGUUGAAGAGGAGAUGAUGAAGGAAAUCAGGACUAUUAUUGGUGAAAGAGAGAUAAGGAUUGAUGACAUACAAAAAUUAAAAGUGAUGGAAAAUUUCAUUUACGAGAGCAUGCGCUACCAGCCAGUUGUAGAUGUGGUCAUGCGCAAAGCCUUAGAAGAUGAUGUCAUCGAUGGCUACCCAGUGAAAAAGGGGACUAACAUCAUCCUGAAUAUUGGAAGAAUGCAUAGACUCGAGUUUUUCCCCAGGCCCAAUGAAUUUACUCUUGAAAACUUUGAAAAGAAUGUUCCUUUCAGGUAUUAUCAGCCAUUUGGUUUUGGGCCCCGUGGCUGUGCAGGAAAGUACAUCGCCAUGGUGAUGAUGAAAACCAUACUGGUUACUUUUUUGAAACGAUUCCACGUGAAGGCAUUGCAAGGAAUGUGUGUUGAAAACAUUGACAAAAAAAAUGACUUGUCCCUCCACCCUGAUGAGACCAGAGGUAUCAUAGAAAUGGCUUUUGUCCCGCGAAAUUCAGACUAGUGCCUCCAACACGAAAGAAGGUCUCUGAACCAGCAGUCCCUUCAAUAAAAGUUUGAAAUGAAAACCACACCCAAAAAGGUUGAUCAGUACCUACUGGUGCAUUUCUCCUAAGCAAUUCUCCUGGACACCAUUCACCUUUGCCAGACAGCCUCAUCCUCACAGCGGACAUUUGGUGCCUAUGGUAUUUUGCAGGCAUCCUUCCUUACGGGCUGACAGCAAGCCAGGAGACAGUAGCCAUCUGAUCUUGUCCAAACCCGAGAACCAGACUGCAAGAGAAAACACCAAGGCCAAGAAUGUGUGGUCACUGAAGAAACUGCAGCCCUAAAUGCCCAAUCUCACAAAAUGUGCUAUGGAAAUGAUAGGCCACCAGCAAAACUUAUAUCUGGCUCCCCUGGGCUGCCCACAGAAACCAAUAGAAGAAAAGGCUCUGCCCAGAGAAUAUUUUAAUGUCUGAGGCAGAAGCACAGUAGAUAGAAAGGCCAGGCUGAUGUCUGGGUACCUGGGGCCAAAUGCACCUGCUAGUAUGAAAAAAAGCUGCUUUAACUUGGUUUUCAGUGGUUUGGGACUAGAAUGUUCAUAGUCUUUGGAGGAAUGCCUACACAUUCAGCACUUGAUGCUCCCUAUGAAUUACAAUCAAUUAACUCUUGUUUAUCCACAUGUGACUUGUCUGUCACAAAAAUUAAAUGGGAAACUAUCCUUUCCCAGUUUCUUAAUUCAUGCAAUGCAGAAACUUGCUAUAGAUUCAGAUGAUACAGAUAAUUUAGUAAUAGCCCAACAAAAUAUAAUUAGAACCAUGUAUCUGCUGCAGAGGAAAAUCAUUACACAAUGCAUUUCAAGUUCAAAUAAAAAUUCUUUUUAUCAUGUGUGCAUUGUUGUUCAGCUCCAUCAGUGCAAUGAUCUGGGGGUGGGGAAGUCCUCCAACUCCAUAUCUAAUUCUACAGCCCUGUGGGUUUAAAGCUCUAAGGAAGGCCCCCCAUUCCAUUAACCUUCUCACUCAAUACUUUCUUUCUUUCCGAAACCCCAAAAGUGGAGGGCAAUAGGUCAGUGGAGGAUGUGGUCAGGAUAGAACCCAUAACCAUAUUUUAUCCUACCUCAGAUUUAACAGUCACCUCAUUUAUGGUAUCACUAAAUACAGUCAUGCACACCUUGGAAUUAGUUUUCUAGAGGGUAUCAUUUAGAUGAAUUCACUUUCCCAAUAUCAAUUUACUUGUGUAAUCUUAGCCAAUAUGACUAUAUCUACCUGGAGACCAUUUCAAAACUGAAAGAUUUAACUGGUACAACUACAUGUUUGCCAUUGACUCAGCCACCAUCACAACAUUUGCAUAGUCUCUUCAUCCUUUUGUUGGGCAACAGGGCAACAGCUGAGUAUAAAAUGAAAUGUAAGCUCCUUGAGAGCAGGAGCUCUUGCCUUUCUUUGGUAAUUUAUCCCCAACACCCACUCAGAUUCUCCAUUUUGACUGUCAGCAACAGUCCUGAAUAGACACUCUUGCUCACAAGACACUGAAAUGACCCCAGAAGCCAAUGAAAGUAAAAGGCAGGUAUUCCAAGAAUUCAAGGAUGGACAUGAGUGAAAAAGGAAGUAUUUGACCUUGGAAUUAUUUGGAUCAUCCACAUAACCUAAACAUACAUGAAAACAUGUCUGUGUGCCUGGAAAUGUCCGCCUGGUAGGGAUUAGACAAUCAUCUGAAUAAUUUGGAUCUCUGAAAGCAAGUCCAAAAUUUUAGAUUUAAAGAGUAGAUCCAAGUUAAUCCACUUGGCAAUUACUAAUACACAGUUUACUUUGCUCUGACUGGAGGUGCAGAAAGGAAAACAGACUUUGAAUCAGUGUACUUUAUCCAAUUCCCUUGGAACAGCCACUGUAUUUUAUGUGAAUAUGUGUGCCAAGGCCCAUGUCUAGACAGUCAAAACGAAAUGGGAAGGUGAUGUAGUUGUAUGUAGGUAACACAGAAACUAUGCCAGGGGAAA